CCUCAUCAGUUCAGUAUCGGGCCGUCGUCGAAGCUGGUUGUUGUUCGUACGUUGACGCGCUUACGCCUAUCUAUCGCGCUUGAGUUUUCGUGUGUUUUCCUUCGUUAUUCAUGUUUUUUGUUCGCUCUGAUCGUGGUUCGAUUGCCACUUUCUUCUACCGUAGUGUACUCCAAAUUCUUCCGUUAUCGUCGCGCCAUACGGAUUGAUGUGAGCUUUCAAACUACCAGCAGGACUGCGAUCCUGACUGCUAUUGGUGCGCCGUCCGCACUCUGUUGCUACGUUGCAAAAUCCUGGUGGUGAUCUCCGAUCAUCAUCGCUCCCUUCGAAAAGACAUUGAGAUGACAAACUGUCUCUGUCUCUACUCUGAGUCCAGCAGUGGUGCCUCUGGCCUGGAGUGAAGUCACACAGUGUGAAGUGGUAGUGGUUAUCUGUUCGUGAGCAUAGUAUGUUGUUUAUGUGCUAAAAUAACCUCCAGGAUUGGAAGGAGUGCCGAGCCUAGCAGGCCUGUAGUGUGUUCAGUGUUGACCAGCAGCGUUGAGUUUUCAGAAAACCAUCAUCAAUCUACACAACGACGACGACGGUAGCCGGAAAGGUGGAAGACAGAAAACAGAAUCUACUUAUACGCCAAGCCAAGUGAGAAUUUACCUAGAAGAGGGCACUUCUUCGCUGUCGUGAGUGUUGUGCUGUCGCAGUGGAAAUUUCGCAAACGCCAAGCAAAACCAAAACAGCGCAGCGUGUUGGGUAAACAAGUUUUAAGUGUACAUAUUCAAAACCAUUCACGCCUGAGUCAUUAGCGAUUUGUUUCGAAACAGAGCCGUGUGUUCUUGCGAUUUGAUUUCGAUCGCUCACGAAUACAUCUACUGCGCGGUACUCGUCGAUUGGCAUGGCGUGGUGAAGUGAAAUGAUCAUGUUUUUUUUUUCGGUGAAUCAAAAGGGGAAAUUAAUACGACGACGACGGUAUAAUUGUUAGACCGAAGCCAAAAUAAAACGGAAAACCGGCAGCGAAGCCAAGUGAAAGGAGGAAACAACAGUUUGUGCAAAUCCCAUUACAUAUUCGUUUCGUUCGGUGUAAACAAAGAGUAUACGAAAGGCCUGAAUGGUGAAGAGUGAAGAGCGCGAUAUGAAGUUUGUUGUUGCUGAUAAAAGUGUACCACCCGCAUAUUAGUGACGAGCGAGCAGUGAAACCUACACCAAUCCAUACGGUCGGCCCACAGUGCCAGUGUGUUAGUGAGAUUGUUAACUGGAUUAUAACUCCUCUCCUCUCGGGGCGAUCGGUUCGUUCUCUAUUGGAGUGCUUGUGUUUACAUAGAUAGAGGUGCUGAGCUGUGCUGUGCAUCGCUCAUGUGGUGCAUGUUGCACGAGGUCAACGGGUAAAUAUGCAUCAACCAGCAGCCCUCGAUCGCAGCGCCGCUGAUUAAACUCACAUGUUCAAGAGUGUCCAAUGGUUGUGCCGCCGAGUGUCGUCAAAACAAAGCAACAACGACGGUUUCUUUAUUUCCGAUUUGCGGCAAUUCCCUGUUACUCAAUGUGCUACUGCUGCCUCCUGACAAGACCUGCGCCUGGGUGACCGUUCUGGUGGUGUUCCUCGCUCUCGUUCGUUCGGAUUGUCAGCUGAUCGGAAUUUAUUCGCGUGUUACAAUCUAUACGGAUGGAGGACGCGCGAGCGAUCAACGAUCCUGAGUAACGCGGCGAGCACGCGUCGCAGAAACCAAUUGUGAUAUUCGAACCGAGCUAGUAACUAUAAAGUACAAAUUAAUUAACCUUAAUUAAUCGCGGCUUCCGAGUGUGUUCUGCCUGUUUGUAUCUCUCAUCGUGUUUGUGUAAUUGGCCCACUCCUAGUUAGACACGCUCAAAAUAUACCGUUAAUUAAAUGGAAACUGCUAACCGACUGGUGAUACUGGAAGAGCCAAAGCAGUUGCCACGUGUGAAAUGUAAGGACGAAGGUAAAAAGAAGGUCAAGAAAAAAGUGGAUUUCAUCGACGACGAAGUCAAGGACGACGAGAUGGCGGCAGAGGAAACAUCGGUCCCUAAGGACGUUCCAGUCAGUCCGAUGACGGAUGAUGACUUCGAGCAUAUCAUCGAGAAAUCAAUGCAGGACUUGGAAACCAUCAAAUCCGAUUCAGAUAGUGACUUCGGGGAUGACCACGGUCUCCCAGUGAAGAAGCCUGCCGAUGCCGGUAAGGCGAAGCGAAAGAAGAACAUUGCCUCGUCAAGUGAUAGUAGUGUUAGCGAUGUUGAAGAAGAUGUGUACUCGUGGAUUGAAAAUUGUCCGAAAUCUCCUCUUAGCCCACGGCGCGUAGAGUUUCCUCCGUUGGUAGCAGUCCAUCCUUCGGUGCUUCCAUUUGCGGUGCGGCGUCGUUUGUCCGAGUGUGUCGAAGAAGACGAAGAAGAAGACAAACAUCAUAGCAGCCAUGCUGCCAAACAUAGUGCAGAUACGGCGGGUGUCGGUACCGCCAAAACCACCCCCUCCCCAACUAACGGGAAACUAUCUCCGAAAACCGAAGAACCCCCCGCCGUUCGAAAAUCUCGUUUCAUGGUAACCAAAGCAAGUGAACUUCCUCAACUACGACCGGAGUCAAUCAAUCUGCGACCGAUGACAGCUGCACAAAACUCUCAAACCAUCCACUUCCCGUGCAGUCAGUUCAGUCCAGAUCGCCAAUCGCUCAGAAGUAUCUUCUCCCCGGAAUCCCCGUUCCCCAAUCCUCAUCUGGACAAACGAUUUUUCGACACCUCUCUGGUCGAAAUACGUCCCAUAACCAGCAGUAUUACAUCGACCACUGGCAUUGGGACAUCCCCCGAAGAAAGCACCGCCAGUGCCACGAGUUCCACCGGCGGCGCCAAAAAUCCGAUGCCAUUCGAGCUGGACGAAGUAUGGGUCAAAAGGUCGGACACUGAUCCGUCGUCGUCAACAAAGAAACCACCAUCAACGGUAACGUCCUCCAAAUCUGCAACGUUACCAGCGGGAGCGGUGGCGGCCUAUGCGUCCCCAUCAUCGUCCCCAUCCGGCAAACAGAAGAAGGCGAAGAAAGGCACCGCAAGCGACUCCGCCGAUGGGGGCUCUCAGUUCCAGCGCCCUUCGACGGCCCCGGCCGGAACGGAUUCGGCUCGGUCUUCCAAACGGAUGAAGAAAAGUGAACGGGAAGCCAAAAAGCAGGAAAAAGAGCAGAAGAAAAUCGAACGGGAAACGGCCCGACGCCUGGAACGGGAAGCGGCCAAGCUGGAAAAGCUCAACCGAAAGCAUGAGAACAUAUCCCGCAGUACGGAGCGCGUCAGCGGCGGCCGAUCCGGUUCGCUGGAAAGGCGGCGGAGUGGUGACGACGGUCCGGUGCUGAAUCAGUCCACUGUUCACGGUAUUGCUAGUCCUAAUCGGCGGCCGACCAUUUUCGAUGUGUUCCGACCGCGCAAAGGCUCCGACUCCAAGAAGAAAAAGGAUGACUCGAGCAAGUCUAGUUCGGACAAGGACAGCACCAGCGGCAGUGGGACGAUCACCGGUUCCGGGGGUAUCAUGAACAGCAUGAAGGCGGUCCUGCAUGUGGGAGGCCGCCACAGUCAUCACACGGGUGCUGCACAUCCGGCUAGUGCCGGUGCGUCGAAAGUGCGUGAUGGCUCGGCUCAUCCCCAUGCAGGUAGUGACGCACAGUACUACCACACGGUGACGGCUGUGCGACGAGCCGACGCCGGCAAGUCUCCUAUGACCAAAGUGAUGGAUUUGUUCAGGCAUCGUUCCAAUUCAGCAGUGUCCGAGGCUGACAAGCGCAAGGCGCGCGCGGCACAACAACAUCAACAACAGCUGGCGGCCCAAACGGCUCACAUGCGGCGAGCCUCGGCAGAGCUAGCGGAAAGACGACGAGCAUCGUUGGGUGCCAGCAGAGCAUUGCGACCAGACGGUACUCUAGACCCAUACCACGCGGCCAUCCUGUUCCGAGAUUCACGAGGGCUCCCAGUGGCCGAUCCCUUCCUGGAAAAAGUUAGCUUAUCCGAUUUAGAAGAAGACGAGUCGCAGAUCUUUGUCAAGUUCUUCCGAUUCCACAAGUGCUACGAUUUGGUGCCGACGUCGGCCAAACUGGUUGUCUUCGAUACUCAGCUGCUCGUCAAGAAGGCAUUCUACGCGCUCGUCUACAAUGGCGUCCGGGCGGCACCGCUCUGGGACUCGAAGCGGCAGGAGUUCGUUGGCAUGCUGACAAUCACCGACUUCAUCAAGAUCCUGAAGAUGUACUACAAAUCGCCCAACUCGUCGAUGGACGAACUGGAGGAGCACAAGCUCGAGACGUGGCGAAGUGUCCUGCAGGAGGAGGUUAAAAAGCUAGUUAGUAUUGGACCGGACGCGUCGUUGUACGAUGCCAUCAAAACGCUUAUCCACAACCGUAUCCAUCGAUUACCGGUGAUUGACCCUCAGACCGGAAACGUUUUGUACAUAUUAACCCACAAAAGAAUACUUAGGUUUUUGUUUUUAUAUAUUAAUGAACUACCAAAACCGUCGUACAUGCAAAAGACGCUACGUGAAAUCCGAAUCGGCAGCUACGACAACAUCGAAAUCGCCACCGAAGACACCAGCAUCAUUACGGCGCUCCACAAGUUUGUCGACCGGCGGGUCUCCGCGCUGCCCAUCGUGGACAGCGAACGGCGCCUGAAGGACAUUUACGCCAAAUUCGAUGUGAUUAAUUUGGCUGCCGAGAAGACCUACAACGAUCUGGAUGUUUCGCUGAAAACGGCCAACGAACACCGGAACGCCUGGUUCGAGGGCGUUCAGCACUGCAAGCUGGACGAAACCCUCUACACGGUGAUGGAACGGAUCGUACGGGCCGAGGUGCACAGGUUAGUGGUGGUCGACGAAGAGGAAAAGGUAAUCGGUAUCAUCUCGCUGUCGGACAUUCUCCUCUACCUGGUGCUGAGGCCAACCGGAGACGGCAUAGGAAACUCGGAAUCCUUGAGGGCAACGGACCCCCGCAUCCGGAAGUCUCCGAACAAACUCAGUCAGACCAAGCGGGACAGCAACGAAAGCAUCGAAGAGGAAAAGGAAUCCACCCCGGAGGAAGCGGUCGAGACUGAGGAGGAUACCGCAGCAAACAAGACUGAACCGGCAGAGGAUGAGGCGGCAGAGGAGGGAGAGGAUGGGGAGGAGAACGGAGAGCAGGAUCAAGCAGAGGAAGAGGACGAUCCUCCCGCGGAGUCACCCGCCGACCACAGUUCCAAUGGUUCUCCCGUUCAGGAAAUGCUGGACGAAGAACACAAGGCCAUACGUGAUACACUAGCAUCAAAUGUCCAAAGAGAAAUCGGUUUGGUUAGUGAGUAAACAUUUCAAAUUAUAUAGAACCUUGAUCAAUGUGAUGUCGUUUCUUACCUAGGAAUAAUUUGAUCGUUGGCGAAUUUCGGCGGUGAGCGAUCCAGCGCGGGUGGAAGAAUACUCUCAGAAUAUAAUGAUGUUUUGUAGGUUUGAAAACCUUGGCUUUUUGAAAUGUUUUGCGUACAUUUUUCCUACUAAAUCUAUCUGAACAAACGAUUGAAGGUUUGAAGAUGGAUAAGAAACCUGAUGUGAUAAAUAUGUCGGAAAUUCGUUUUAAAAAUUCAAGUCGUGUUGACAAUACAUUGCACAAUACUAGACAUGUAAUUUGAUGUUCGUUACGACAGUUGGUAUUUCAAUAGUGGUAAUCAUGUUCAAAUGUAUGCGUGUCUCUUUUGUAGAUAUAGUUGUGAAACUUGGGGGAAAUAUGUGCACACUCUCUCCCCGGUUGUUAGUUUUAUCAUUAUUUAGCCGUUUUACCCAAAUCAAUUGGGUAGUAUUUGCAUAUGCAAUCUGAAUAGCCUUUGAAUUGGCGUGCAUUUUUGUGUAUGGAAAAAAUCACGCUGGUGUUCGUGUGUUGAAAUGUCACUUAUCUCUAUCGGCGGAGGUGUUUUUAAUGCAAUAACCGUUUUCGCAAACAUUUGAAGAUUGCCAAGGCCGAAAAUACUUUCUCUGCCGGCUAAACAUGUAAUAUCACACUCUAGUGGUAUUAUUAUGAGUUUCUUUUUUCGAUAUCGGUUUAAAUAUACAACUAUCAAUAUCGAAAAUGAAUAAAAAAAUCAUUUUGAUAAUAUUUAGUAUUUAUUAAACAUUUGGUGUUAGACGGCUUCGAAUGCGACUUAAAAUUCCUUAUUUGAAAAAUAUAAACAGUGAGAAUUGCAGUGGCAAUUCUCGGUAAUAAGUUGCAACUCAAUACAAUAACAGGAAGCAACUCUUUUUUCCCUGUACUGGAAAAUAUGCAAACCUGCAUCCAUUUCGAACUUCUUUACUACUGCUGUUGGCAUCCUUGUUGUUGGAGCUUGUACUUGGUGGGUUUUAGCGGCUGCCACUAAGAAAGUUUACGUACGGCGGUCCUUUGCCCGUGUUUUUUUUUUUUUUUUUGUAGAUGCACUUUGAGAUUUGUGAUUUUUGUGUUGUGGUCCUAUUUUGGGCACUUUUCUGCUAUAACUAACCAAAUCUGAACCAAUUGACACAAUUUUUGGAACGCGAUGAGAUACGUAUGGUAUCUAGCCGUGUACAAAAUUUCAAGUCAAUUGGUUUGGAAUUGACUGAGUUAUAUCGAAGAGUGCCCAAAAUACCAUAGUCAAUUUGAGGUUAGGUUCGUUGGUGUAAUAAAGAAUUGCACGAACGAAAAUUCUGACAGAUCACAGGUCAUUUGACAGAUAACGCGUGAGCUGGAAAAGGACAAAUGUCAUGGCCGUUUCAGUCUUAGUUAUACAAAACUGUCAGAAUGGCCUGUCGAAUUGUCGAAACCGUGUAAUGAAGAAUUCUUUAUUACACCAACGAACCUAACCUCAAAAUGACUGACAACUCUCAGGUCAUUUUUACAGAUGUAACAUGAGCAUGGAAAAGACGGCAACAAGAUCGACAAAGUUUAAUAUAUGAUCCGUCUUUUUCGUGCAUGGUCUGUCAAAAUGACCUGAGAAGUGUCAAACAUUUUCAUGGCUAGCUUUGUUGGUAUAAUGAAGAAUAGAGCGAUGACGAUUUUUUGAAUGAGACUGAAAACAAACAACACACCCCAAUUAAAAUAAAAUGAGUUUUUGUCUAAGCUUGAAAAUCUUCCAGUGCUGACAGAAUCUAAAAUAUUGCGCGGAGAACAUAAUCGAUGUCGAUUUGUAAUUUAGGAUAUCAUAUCGAUUAGAGUCAUUUAAUAUUGGAUUAAUCGAGAUCGGGCACAACUAUUCCCCUAAAAUUCUUUAAAUUUCGAUUCUUUUCCGAAUGUUCGUCCAAGUAACACUUCGAAAAUCAAUAUAUGCAAAGUUUAAAAAAAAGCAAGGUCUCCUUAUUCACAAAAUUAAAUUUAAUUCUGAGAAAUUGCUGAUAUCUGAUAAUGGAUGGUUUUGCGCCAAAACAAGCUCGUUAUUUCUGUGCAAAAAUUGCAUCUUCAAAGUCAAACUCAGCGAGGAAGAAAGCAGCACGAUUUUAAGCAUGGGUUCAUUUUUGUACAUAAUUUGUUGAGUAAAUGAAAAAGCGAUAAUAAAAUUGUGAGCAAAACUUGUUGACACACAGAAACACAUGGAAGGCCUUAUCAAUAUACACAAACACGCAAAUAAACACAAACUUGAAACAAACGAUUCUAAUACUUUUGCGCAACAAUAAACGAACGAUGUAAAAUUUGUGAUCACAGUGCUGCUAUGCUUCCUGAUUCUGAUUCGCGAGGAAGGGGGUGAAUUCAUUUCAAUAAAACAAAAAACCUGGAUCGAACUCACAAAGUGACCGAUCCAAAGGGUUACAAGUACAAACCAAUUGAUGUGAGCAAACCGAUGAAACGAUGAAAUCUACGAUAAAAUCUUUGUAAAUUAUAUUAACAUGCAGUCACUUAGUAGUAAAAGCAUAGUUCGAUUGAAUACAUACCAAACAUGCUGUAAUCCAUACAUGGUUAGAUAGUAGCUUUCUCCAUUCACUAAUAAAACAAACAAAAAAAAAACAGUUUCGCAAUGGAAAACAAACACCACCUAACUUUUCGAUUGAUUUCAAUUUAUUGCGACAACUUUUUCCCCUUAAAUGGAGAAAUGAACAAACCAAACUAAUUUCAAAACAAAUAAAAAUCUAUUUAAAACUUCAGAUCCUAAGAUUCAAGCUAGCAAUAAGGGAAGCAUAUAAACAAAAGCUCUAAAAUAAUCGAGAGACGGCACGUCCUACACGUCGCGCAUGCGGGAAACAAAUCGAGCGCAAUUGUGGUAAAACUUUAAAAAAGCUGUAUAAAAUAGGAUUACAAAACAACAAAAUGUAAAGUGUAGCAAUCUGUCGCUUAACGCAUCGUGCAGAGUUCUUCGAACCUCUUCGUUCUAAAAACAGAAACAAAAAUUAAAGAGAAUUUCAUAUCUUAUAAAUUAUUAUUUAAAAACAAAUUUAAACUGCAGAGUACGUGUCUGGAAGUGGAUACCCACCUAAGAAAGGGGUUUCUAGUGAGUGCGAUGCUAUGCGAGUGUCAACUGAUCGGGGAAGAGCGAGAGCGAAGAAGAACUUGGGAAUGUACAUUAAAAUGUUGAUAGUACAGUUAAGAAGAACAGUAGAAAAUAUCAAAAAGAAUUAAUUACUAUUUGAAUAUUGCUGCUAAAAAAAGAAAUUCAAAAAAGUUAAAUGAAAAAAAUAAAUAAACAAAUGACUAAAUA